GAGGCCUGUUAGACACAACGAGGACGCGCUGGAUUCUAGGAAACGCGACCGGACAGCGAUGGAGACACAGCUGGCUGUGACUUUAAGUGCAGUUUGACCCUGCAGUGAAUCUCUCUGAAAACGACUCCUUUAUUUAUUUGUUGUUUUAUUUCCCCCUCCCCUCGUUCUUUCUGCGAAGCGGGAAUGGAGCAAGCACCCAGCGCGCCGAGCCCUCCUCCCAAACCGGCCCAUCACGAGCCCAUCAGCUUCGGCAUCGACCAGAUCCUAGGAGCCGGUACUGAGCCAGAAAACGGGCGCACGGCCGGGAGACAAAGUGGAUCCGAAUUAAGCAGCGGGGACAGUUAUUACAGUUUAGGAAGCCCGACCGGGGCCAGCGCGCCUUCCUACACCGCGCUCUCCAUCUCCCUGUCUGGUAUCAUGCCUCCGGUGGAGGCUGCGGGUUCAUACGGGGAGAACAGGAGUUUGGGCAGCCGGGGAGUGAUUCGAGUCCCGGCCCAUAGACCCAUGACAGCCCCGGGACCCCCUGCCUCAGUCCAGGGCGCUGUCCCCGGGUUUGGAGGACUGUGUUUCCCCUGGAUAGGAAACAGGUUCGCCAAGGACAGAAUAUCAGCGGCUCUGGUGCCGUUCGCAGUCACGCGACGGAUAGGACACCCGUACCAGAACCGGACUCCUCCCAAACGGAAAAAGCCCCGGACCUCCUUUUCCCGGGUUCAGAUAUGUGAGCUGGAGAAACGUUUCCACAGACAGAAAUACCUAGCCAGCGCCGAGCGGGCCGCCUUGGCAAAGAGUCUGAAGAUGACGGACGCGCAGGUCAAAACCUGGUUUCAGAACCGGAGGACCAAGUGGAGGAGACAGACAGCCGAAGAGCGUGAGGCGGAGCGUCAACAGGCCAAUCGGCUCAUCCUUCAGCUGCAGCAGUCCGCCCUCCAGAAGUCCCUCAGCGAAUCAGCGGUCACAGACCCUCUGUGCGCCCAUAACUCCUCCCUGUACGCCCUUCAGAACCUCCAACCCUGGGCCGAAGACAGGGAAUAGAGCCCAUGCGCCAUGCAGCAAUCAAUAAGCAGCAUCUAUUAUCCCUGGGUGGAUGAAUACAUUCAAUUAGGCCCACAUAAGGACAGCAGGACUUACUUUUGACCCUUGUGAUGGGAGGAAAAAACUGGAGGAAGCAGCCCCAUUUAUCUGAGAAAAGGACCUAUGACUGAGGGUAAGUGGUGUCUGCCUUCAAGCAAAAACAGAGCUUUCUUGGAGUUUUCCUUCUGUACAUGAAAAUUCUGUGACUUUUUCACAACAAAGAGAAAUAGAACUCUUCCUUAAAAUUUCUUGUCACCCUGUAGUUGUCCUUGUUAUGCUUGAUCUUAUUCUAUUUAUUGGAAUAAGAAAGAAUUCACACAAAUGACCUGAAGGAAGAAUUUCAUUCUCCACAAGGGGACAUGAAUGGCUUGUGAAGUUUUUUUUCACUCCAUGCAGCCAAAAAGACUCUUCUGUUGUAAAAAUAGUACUAUCUUUAAGACUGAACACCAGCUAAAUUAAGGCAAGUGCUGCAGCACCUUUACAAUGGAGUCAGUCCAUAAAAUUAGUUUUAAAUUAAUCCUCUCUUUUUUUUGUUUGGUCUUUUUCCAAAUAAUGGGUGCUCACAAAUCUCAUAAUUUCAUGUAUAAAUGUCUGCUCUCCAGUUGUGAACAUGCACAGGUGUGUUGCACCACCUAAGCCCUCAAACGGUGCCUAAAAUGUAAAAAAAAACAAAAUAGAAAAUAAAGAAUGGAAAUUCUCUUCCAAGUGUCAAUAAAGAAGAAAAAGGAUGCCAUGCUGAGAGGGUAGAGAAGUGCAGAAAAUAUGAAAGCGGCUGUAAGUUGGGUAAUAAAGGGAGUGAUGCAUGUUUGUUGAUGGUGGUUAUGUUCUUUCAUAUGCACAUUAUCAUGCUUUAUU